AUGUUUUCUACAACUUGUCCCCCCUGCAGCUGGCAAUACCAUUGGCCUACCUCUAAUCCCACUAUCUCGCAUCCAGCCCUACACAAUGCUCGCUAUGAAGGGUGGCCCCAUCCCCCACUAGAACUUCCCCAAGUUGCUUCACCUCCAUCUACUACAUGGCGCGCUGCUCUUGCAUUUGAUGUUCCAUCGCACUGUCUGUAUGAGGCUAACACCACCCAUACCCAACCUCAUCCCGUUCAUCCUCAGUAUGAUGCUCACCCCCGCACAAACCUUGGACUGCAAGGUAAUCACCUUUUCGUUCUGUUAGCAUCCGCAGAUAUAAUGGGUCCCGUUGGCUCUCAACACCACGACUUCCCCGGUUCAUUGGCAUGGAAUGGCGGCACUUACACUCCAUCCCUCCAAGGCACUUCUGAAAUGUGCACCACAACUUGA